UACAUACAUAGUUUAUGGAAUAUACAUGAUAAUAGAAUAAUGGACUGUGUAUACUAUAUAGAUUGACUGUCGGCUAUUAUAUACCUAUGUUCUUAUUGGAUUUAAUUGACAUAAAGGAUAUCUAUAGACUGUAAAUACACAUCAGGUAAGAUGGUACAAGAUGCCCGGUGAACGCAGAAUAAACGAACACGCCCACCACGGCAGCAAACGACAAGCACACCGAGUGGGUAACGAUAACAGAGCUUACUCAAAACAACAAACCGAAAAAACAAAGAUACGCAAAUCAGGUGUUAAUAAUGCAAACCAGGAAAAGAAAGCAAAUACGGACAAUGCAAAAUCAGAAACACCACCAAGAGCUGGUACACCUUUUCGCGAAGAUGCUCCAUCUUACAUUCAUGAUUCCCAGAAUGGGAAUUGUGAAGGAAAGAUAGAGAAACGGGAAUCAGAAGUUAGCCUGGACCAAAAUAGCGAUGUCGAGACCAAAGUACCACCAAGGAGCCCGCCAAAGACUCCAGAAUCAUAUGGAAUUCAUAUUGAUCCUAAUCGCGAAUCUCGAUAUAGAGAACCAAGAAGUGUUUCAGCUGGUAUUAGAAGAGAAGUUCCACGGGAUUUUGAUAUCAAGUCCUUUAAUACGAGUAUCAGUGAUUACGUGGACUUAUUUUCAUCGCCUAAAUUUACUUCCCUUGAUGGCAAUUACCCUAUUGAUGACUUAAUUUCUGUAGUAUCUGACAUAUCUGCAUCCAUUGAAGAUUAUAAAAUUUAUACUGCGGAUUCCCAGAGAAACCUAGAAGAACUAAGGAACCGUAUGAAGACCGUUAAAGAAAAUAUCCACAUGAGUGUGACACGACAGGCCUUUGAACUACAAGACGAUGACGAAUAUACGAGUAUAGAAGAAAAGGAAUUACACGAGAAAUUAGCAAAAAUCAACGUAGAAGUUGCAGCUGCCCACUUUGACGUAGCCGAGGCCAUUAAAAUAUCAGCAGAGACAGAGAGUACAGCAGUUAGGGCACAGAUUUCCACCGAGCGCGCCAAAAUGGAGGCUGAACAGAUACAAGAAGAAAUAGAUUUUAAAGCCAAGGUGGAGAGAGAGAAGAAAGCAGAACAAGAAAGGAUAGCUGAGGAAGAGAGAUUGAAGAAAGAAGAACAAGAAAGAAAAGAAGAACACGCAAGACAAGCUAAAGAAGCAGAAUGGAGAAGACGUGAAGUUAACAGUUCAGAUAAAAUACCGCUCUGUGAACGAGAAAAAUGGCCAGUUCUCGAAAUUUUGGAAAGAAGUGAUGAGGAGAAUGAACAACCGCCAAUCAUCUGUUCAGUAAGAGGUCAUCCUACUAAAUUUGGAUUAGAUUUAGUUAAGUGUGAAAUUAUCGAGAGAACUGAAGCUAAUGUAACAUUUAAUGACCACGAAGAACUAGUCAGUGAAGUCUUAGAAAUUAAAUCUGUUCAUAAUGAAACCGAAUUUCAGGAUCCAGUGUUUAUUGGUAUACCCCACUUUCAAACUCGAGCAGCAGCUAAUUAUAGAGAAGUUAUUGUCAAAACAGAUGUAGGUGGUGCCUGGGUAGAUCUUCCUACUAAAGAAGUAUCUUUCGAUAAUAGGAAGGAUAUGAAAUUUGCUCAAGCAGAAGUUAAACAUCCGGGUAUAUUGGUGGUGAUGUCCAGAUUUAAACAGGAUUAUGUAACCCUCACACGCAAAGCUUCAAAAAUAACAUCUUCAUUUGAUCAGAGAAUUACCUUUUCUUUUCCAAAAGACACCGUACAAGAAAGACAAAACCUACUUUUACAGGUUCAAUAUGUAGAUUCCGGGUCAAUACAAGAUUAUAGAGCAAGAGAUCCAGCAGCUAAAGGCUUAUUAACUUCUAGUCAUAUAGUACAUAUGGAUUGGGAUUCCCGUGAUAUAUUAAAUCCAGUUACGGUGACAUUACCGUGUCCACCAAAUCCUGCUAAAGCUAAGAAACUGGCACAGAUCAGAAAAAUGAAAGAAGAUAAAAUGAAACAUCCAAAAAAUGCUCCUAAGACAUUGGCAGAACUAGAAAAAACUGAAGCUAGAAAAGCAAAGAAAGUGGCAAAAGUACAACAAAAACAGCAACAAGGCGAAGAAUGCGAGAAUGACGAAGAGGGUGCUGUGACUUUAAAAAAAACACAGAAUAGAUGGUACAUGGGAGAGUAUGCUUCUAGUGACGAUGAUGAAAAUGAUUUAUUACAUUUCUUAGUUUAUUCCAAUGGUAGAUGGAAUGUUGAACCAGAAGUUCACAUAACAGCAACCAAAAUCGACCUAGUUACCUUUGACCUACCAAGAACAUGUGAUAGGUUCAUGGUAAUAAGAACAAGAACAAAUGUAUCAGAAGAUUCUGUUGCUCAAAUUGGUAGAGGUUUAAAUGGAUAUUUAGAUAAGAAAUUUGUUCAAGUUAUAAUUAGACAAAAAAAUGACGAUCCUUUUCAAGCAACUUUGACUGUUACACCCGCUAUCAGACUGGAGAAAACACUAAAGCAUCUAACAGAAGAAGGGUAUGAAGAGGCACCAUGCCCUCCCAUACAAGUCUGUGUGACUGAAGGCGAUACCAUAGAAAUAACAUUCCGUGGUAACAUCCGUGAUCUUGGUGAUAAUCCAAAACAACAAAUGCCUUACAACACACAUGUGCAUUCUCAACUAUAUUUUUCUGUUUCGGAAGUGGAUAAAUAUUUACAAAAGAACUUUCCUAUGUUCCGUGGCCUUGUACAAGUCUAUCGAAAAUAUAAGGAGAAGAAAGCCGUGGUGAAAACAAUAGGUGGUCGAAAACAUGAUGGUGACGUAGAAAGGGAACCCGAGAUUAAAGAGGAACUGUUGUGUGAGCUGUUGCUCAGUAUACCGAAGUAUCACAUUGAGCCCAGUUCCAUUCCCGUAAAGGCACCAAUCAAAAUACACAAUACAACUGAUCCAGUAAACGAGGACACCAUGCGUAACCUAGCAACAGAAUUAGGAGAAGAGUGGAAGAAAGUUGCCCAUUGUUUAAAUGUACACAGAGUUCGUAUCCAGGCCAUACUAAGAAAUAUGAAUAUAGGUGAAAGAACGUUUGACGAAGCCAAGUUUGAUAUGUUGAUGACGUGGUUAAAGAGAGUACCAAAAGCAGCUAAUAAGAUAUCCAUUCUGGGGUCAGCCUUGACAAGAAGUGGGCGGUCAGAUCUAGCUGAAAAUCUUCGCAUAAAGGAAAAAGAAUAUCGUCGUCAUGAAAUACAGGCAAAUUAGUUUUGGAAUGUGUCAGAUAACAACGAACUAAUCUAGACAUUCACACCGCAUCCACCAUUUAGUAAAAUUAUUAAAAUAUUAAAAAUACAUCCGAUCGAGGGUUCAUUGUUAGUAUCAUAUUAUACACCCAUUUUUGCAACGCUCUCAGAUUAUACAUGUACUUAAUAUUCAAUUAACCCAACAAACAAUUGUCCCAACAGUCAGAUAUAUCGAAAGUCCAUUGGUAUCAUCCAACUACAUAUAGCUAUUUAGAAAUUCACAUAUAGAGACGUACUUUUACAUGUGACAAUGACCGUAUGAAAUCUAUGUGACGUUUCGAUUUGUGACAACUUAACCGAAGCCCAGAUAUGUUUAAAUUUGAGUAAAAAUAAAUAUUUUCCUUGCAAGAUGGUAGAUUGUCUGAUUAAUGUCCAGGUGUCAGUUCGUCGGGAAACUUGGGUUCCGAAGAGGAAAAAUUAAUAAUAGUUUUCCUUUCUAAUCAAUGCUAAGAUGCCAGACAAAUUUCAUAUCGCGUAUUUAUUUCUCUUGGAAUAUUUUGAAAAAUUUAAUAGGAAUGUACCCCGACAGCCACUCUUUUCCCCAUACUGAAAAAUAUUGGCACCACCACUGUGUUAGUUAGUUCAUAUAAGUUGGAAAAACUUUUGCAGUAUUAAGCGUUACUAAGACGCAGUUCAGAGACAUUUUACAAUGGUUUUUCAAAUAAAGUAUAGGUAUAAGUUCUCACUUUUUAUUUUACUGUACAAUGUAUUUUGUAAUGUUUUUAUCCAUGAUACAUUUGAUAAAACUAGUCUGUAAAAUAAGGUGGUAUUCCAGUUUAGGUUUUGGGUUAAAGUUAAAUAAUAAUUUUAAAUGGAGGUCGUACAGUUCCAUGCUCAUAAACCAGUGACAACCAUCUUUAACUAUUGCCAUUUCAGAUGCUACAUAAUCUUCAUUGGUCUACCAAGUCCGCUUUCCCACUAACCAAAAUAGUCGAGACAGCAUUUUGAGCUAAAUUACGACUAAAAAUCUGUUGACGACUGUAUAAUAUAGUGAAACAAUAUGCAGCAAAGAUAAUUGAGAUCUCCUAGAAAAGACCUUUUUUUAUGCUUAUACGUUUAAGCCGGUUUCAGGCGAAGAUGUACGCCGAACGUGGGCUUUUAAAAGAUCUGUUAUUUCCUUUACACUUUGGAAUGGUAUAAUAUUAUAUUCUAAUUCCGUCCUAUUUAUUAUUACCCCCAGAACUAUAUUUCCAUGUUAAUAUAUUUUGUCAGCUAUCUGUGAUAUUAAGCCUUAUUAAGUCUAUACAUCGUAUAAUAUACAUGGUAUGUAAAACUGUUCAACUUUAUUUUUAUUCUUCUUAUAUUUGAUAGUGUCUAUCGCCAUUUUGGUACAGAUCUAUUGUAUCAUUGUAUUUAUAUAUUCAUCAUAAUGUCUUUAUAUCCUAGAAAGGUAGUGUGCUUUAGUGAAAAUAAAAUAACAGUAUUAAAUCUA